AUGUACAUUCUCGAAUAUUCCGAAGAUUUUGGAGGUCCGGAAGAUGACUUCGCAUUUCAAAAGACCAUCAUAGUCUACGAAAUGGCCGGCUCAAUCUACAGAGCAUACUCCCGAAAGCGAUAUGCAUCAAAAGAAGACAUUCAGUUUGGCGACAUGUACAGUACAAACAAAAUUCAAGGCGCCCUCAUUUUCCCAGAGUUUUCGGACAAAUUCACAAAGGCUGAAAAGUCCCCGGACUGUUCGACCUGGUAUCUGAAAAAGCCAAGCCUUUCCCCCUACAGUCCCCAAUACCCGGCCUUGAUCAGAGAAACCUGGAUCGAAGAGGUGAAGAUUUGCGAACUCCUGAAGAAAAAUCCGCACCCGAAUAUCGCCGAAUACCACGGUUGCGCCGUCGUUGAUGGCGGCUCCAUCAGAGGCAUCUAUUUCACAAAGUACGAUGAAACGCUUAUGGCCAGAGUGAACUCUGCCAGACGCAAUAAGAUAGACUUUGCAUAUGAGAGGCAAGAGGCUGACCGAGAGGAGGUCGACCGUUGGGUGGAGGGAAUCGCACAGGGCCUGAAACAUCUCCAUGGGUUGGGGAUCGUUCACAAUGAUAUCAACCCGUGCAACAUCAUGUUCCAAGGUGACACACCUGUUAUUAUUGAUUUUGACUCCGCUCGACCUCGUGGCCAUGAUUUGAGCCUGGUUAAACGCACGCAUGGGUGGCACGAUGGGAAGACCAAAGUAGCUUUGCCGAUGAAUGACAUCGCUGCGCUGCUGGAAAUUCAGUUAUGGCUUUUGGGGGAAGGUGACCAGUUUCAAUUUUGA